CUGCCGACGCUCGACGCUCGCCGCUCGCGUUCCGGCUCGCGAUGGGGAAGAAGUCGCGGGCGGUACCCGGCCGCAGGCCCAUCCUGCAGCUCUCUCCGCCGGGGCCCCGCAGCAGCACGCCAGGCCGGGACCCCGACCCCGACCCCGAUCCCGACCCUGAACCGGACGCCACGGCGGCCGCCCCUAGCCAGCCCGCCCCGGCGGCGGCGGCGGCAGCAGCGACGACGGCGCCCGCGAUCACGGCCGCCGCGGCCCCCGACGACUCCGCUUCGGAAGAUGAGCAGGAAGUGGUGGUGGAGGUGCCCAGAGUUCAGAAUCCUCCAAAACCAGUCAUGACCACCAGACCCAUGGCUGUGAAGGCAACAGGCGGGCUGUGCCUGCUUGGUGCCUACGCUGACAGUGACGACGAUGAGAGCGAUGUUUCCGAGAAGCCGGCGCAGGCCGAGGAGGCCAAUGGGAACCCAUCAGCUGACAUCGACAGCACCCUGGCCAGCUUCCUGGCGGAGAUCGAUGCCAUCACAGCUCCUCAGCCUGCAGUGCCUGCAGGAGCUUCAGCCCCACCUCCGACUCCGCCUCGGCCUGAGCCAAAGGAAGCAGCCACGUCAGCCCCGAGCUCCACUGUGUCCAAUGGCACCAGUGCGACCCCGGCCCCAGAGUGGCAUUACGACACACAGUGCUCCCUGGCAGGAGUGGGAAUCGAGAUGGGAGACUGGCAGGAAGUCUGGGAUGAGAACACAGGCUGCUACUACUACUGGAACACGCAGACCAACGAGGUCACCUGGGAGCUGCCCCAGUACCUUGCCUCCCAGGUGCAGGGGCUGCAGCAUUACCAGCCCAGUUCUGGAACAGGUGCUGAAGCUAGUUUAGUGGUAAAUGCAGACUCGUAUACGAAGGAGAAGCCAGUUCCUGUCUCCAGCAAUAAGAGUGGACCAGCCCUAGCCAAGCGAGAAGUCAAGAAGGAGGUGAACGAGGGCAUCCAGGCGCUCUCCAACAGCGAGGAGGAGCGCAAAGGGGUGGCGGCAGCUCUGCUGGCGCCUCUGUUGCCAGAGGGAAUCAAAGAGGAAGAAGAGCGAUGGAGGAGAAAGGUGAUUUGUAAAGAGGAGACACCCGUUUCCGAGGCGAAAGAGACCAGCGCCAUUGCAGAGGAAACUGCCACUCCAGGGAAGCCACCAGAAGUCCUGCUGGACGGCAGCGAUGACCCCGCUCAGGAGGACCUGUGCAGCGUGGUCCAGUCCGGGGAGAGUGAGGAGGAGGAGGAGCAGGACACCCUCGAGCUGGAGCUCGUUUUGGAAAGGAAAAAGGCCGAGUUGAGAGCCUUGGAGGAAGGAGAUGGCAGCAUGUCAGGGUCGAGUCCCCACUCCGAUGUCAGCCAGCCGGCAUCUCAGGACGGGCUGCGAAGACUGAGGUCCAAACAAGGCAAGUGGAAGAUGUUUGUCCACGCUCCCAGCCCGGAGUCCGUCAGCCGGAGCCCCAGCAAAACGGGACGGGAGACGCCCGAGAACGGAGAAGGCGGAAUUGGUGCUGAAAAUUCAGAAAAAAUAGAUGAAAAUUCAGAUAAAGAGGCAGAAGUAGAAGAAUCUUCGGAGAAGUUGAAAGUACAAACAGCACCAAAAGUAGAAGACGACCAGGAUUUGAAAUUUCAGAUUGGAGAGCUGGCAAACACCCUGACAAGCAAAUUCGAAUUCCUGGGCAUUAAUAGACAGUCCAUCUCCAACUUCCACGUGCUGCUCCUGCAGACUGAGACUCGAAUUGCCGACUGGCGGGAAGGGGCUCUUAAUGGGAACUACCUUAAACGAAAGCUUCAGGAUGCAGCAGAACAACUAAAACAGUAUGAAAUAAACGCCACUCCUAAAGGCUGGUCCUGCCACUGGGACAGGGAUCAUAGACGGUAUUUCUAUGUAAACGAGCAGUCGGGCGAGUCUCAGUGGGAGUUCCCAGAUGGUGAGGAGGAGGAGGAGGAAGGCCAUGCACCAGAGAGUAGAGAUGAGACUCUUCCCAAAUCCACCUUGAAGGACAAACCUGGCGCUGAAUCAAAUGCCACAGAGUCCUCUGAGAACCCCACAGGUUCCCUUUGUAAAGAAUCCUUUUCUGCUCCAGCAUCGUCUGCGUCACUCAUGCCGCUCACUCCCUUCUGGACCCUGCUGCAGUCCAGUGUGCCUGUGCUGCAGCCACCCCUGCCGCUGGAGAUGCCCCCCCCGCCGCCGCCGCCUCCAGAGUCCCCGCCCCCGCCCCCGCCCCCACCCCCGCCCCCGGCCGAGGACGGCGAGAUCCAGGAGGUGGAGAUGGAGGACGAGGGCAGCGAGGAGCCUCCCGCGCCCGGGACAGAGGAGGACCCGCCUCUGAAGCCGGCAGCACAGGCCGCCGUUGUCACCAGCCAGAGCACUGUGGAUGCCGCCAUGUCCAGCCCUCCUUCCACUAAGGCGGUGAAGAGAAAGGCGGCGGAAAUGAGCAGCGCAGUGGUUCAGCGGUCGGCCACCAUCGGGAGCUCCCCGGUCAUCUACAGCCAGCCGCCCGUGGCCACAGGUCUCCAGGCCACAGGGAUUGGACACCAGCCCGUGUCCCUGAGCCACAUGGCCACAGGCAUGGGUCACCAGGCCCGAGGGUUGAGCCUGCAGUCCAGCUACCUGGGCCUCACGCCGGCCAUCGUGAGUUACACCGAGUGCUCUGUCCCCAUGGGAGUGACCACGGCCUCCCUGCAGCCAGUCCAGGCGCGCCCGGCAGCCGCUGCCAUAGAGCCACCACCUCCACCACCGCCGCCUCCUUCUACGCUGCCACCACCACCAGCUCCCAAAGCGCCACCCCCGGAGAAGACAAAGAAAGGAAAGAAAGAUAAGGCGAAGAAGAGUAAAACCAAAAUGCCAUCUUUGGUAAAGAAGUGGCAGAGUAUCCAGCGCGAGUUAGAUGAGGAGGAAAACUCAAGUUCCAGCGAGGAGGACCGGGAAUCCACAGCCCAGAAGCGCAUUGAGGAGUGGAAGCAGCAGCAGCUGGUCAGUGGCAUGGCAGAGAGAAAUGCUAAUUUUGAAGCCCUUCCUGAGGACUGGCGAGCAAGACUAAAGAGAAGGAAAAUGGCUCCAAACACAUAGUUUAAAUUUUUUUUAAAAAAUUUUGUUUUGUUUUGUGUUGGUUCAGAGUCCUAACCAGUCUUACUGUUGUCCAGUAAACUAAAUGUUAUGGGGAACGUGCGCGCUUGCUGGUGAAGCACAUUCGCGUAGUGUCAUCCUCUCCUGCAGUGUCACUGUCUUGGUUUUGCCAAAGGAGGUGAUGGGACAGCUUCGACCUGGCUGGCCUUACUCCGAUGCUGGCCACCCCGGCACGGCAAGUAUGAGCCUGCCGCCUCUGCGAGGCUUAGCGACAAGUGGAGGCUUUGCCUGCCUGCUAGAGCUGAGCUCCGUCCUAAUGUGGCUCUGACUUCUACUCCGACAAGUGCAAUUAGAAGCAGCUCUGUCUGCCUUGCUUGGCUUCAGACCCCUCCGCUUACCGCCUGGGAGCGCUGAGCUGUCGGCUGAUGUGCCCAGGAGUCCUGUCUCACAGGCUGGGAGCCCAGUCAUUUGCAUGCCAGGUGGCAGGGUUCCAUUGUGAUACAGGCAGCAGUGGCCACGGUGGUUCAGAUCCUCGGUUUUGAGAGAUUUCCCCCGAAUACACAGCAGGAAGUGUACCAAGGGCCACUCUGUGUCUAGUGUGUCCGUUGUACCCUGUCCCAGAGUCACCUCCCUGCUCUGUGAAUGUGGACUCCAUAAAAUUCCAGUAUUUAAAAGGCAGUUUGCUGUUGUACUUUCUGUUGUAUCACAAUCAGGUAAAGUCACUUUAAACUGAAGAAAAAACAAAUUGUGUUUUAAAGCUGUUUUUAUUUCUCCAAUUUCUGACCUUGUAAAUUUUGUAUAUAUGCACUAAUAAAACUCUUUUUAUACUUGU